AUGGCCGGCCCGAGCGACAAGGCCCGAUUCUACCUCGAGCAGUCUGUAGAAGGGCUCAACGAGCUUGAACGCAAGAAGAUAUUCACCAAGGAAGAAAUCAGCUCGAUAGCGAGGAAGCGAUCUGAAUUCGAACACAUCAUUAAUGCGAGGGGCUCACACCCAUCCGACUAUGUACGAUACAUCGACUUCGAAAAGAACGUCGAGGCACUCCGCAGAAAGCGGAUCAAGAGGUUAGGCGUGAGGUCUGUGGGGAGCGGGCAGAAGACGAUAUUUUUCUUAUACAACCGUGCGACUAGGAAGUUCUCGGGCGACCUUGGGCUUUGGAUGCAAUAUAUCGACUUUGCGCGAAGGGAAAAGGCCUAUAAGAAGCUCAAUGAAAUUUUCACAGCGGUAGUCCGACUCCACCCCACCAAACCCAACCUCUGGAUACAUGCUGCCAAGUAUUUCAUGGAUACGCAAGCCGAUAUUACGAAUGCGCGGAGUUACAUGCAGCGGGGACUACGAUUCUGCAAAUCUUCGGAAAGCCUCUGGGUGGAGUACGCAAAGCUGGAGACGCUGUACAUUGGCAAAAUCGUGGGGCGGAGAAAGAUUCUCGGACUAGACGUUGAUCGCAAGAAGGAAGAGAUGGGGGAUGAUUUUGGCGCGGACACGAUCGCUCUUCCAGAAAUCACUGGAGAGGACGUGAACCCAAGUUUAGGGAAACUGGACGGAGAUGACGAAGUUGCGCUACAGAAUCUUGCCUCUGCGCCAGUUCUGACCGGAGCGAUCCCAAUUGCGGUUUUUGACAGCGCCAUGAAGCAGCUCCAAGGCGGGCCUGAACUUGCGGAGCACUUCUUCGACAUGUUCGCCGAAUUCAACCAGCUACCCUGCAUCCAGCACAUCCUCCGACAUGUCCUCGACUUCCUCCAGGAGAACGCUCCGAACGCAAUUCACACGAUUAUCUGCCAAUUCCGAAUGCAGCUGUUUGGUUUACACCUAGAAUCACCUGAAUUCCCUCCUGCGUUACGCGACUCGCUGGAGCUACUCAGUGCCACUGCGGAGCGCGACUCGAAACACAAGGCCCAUCUAUCGGAGUCGGCCAUACGACAGAUCCUUCCCCUCCUCCGAACGGCCGAGCAGAUAGACGAACCAGCGCUGCGAAAGGUUCUGGCUUCCAGUCUUCGAAAAUACUCUCGCAUUCUGGAGGAGGGAAGGAAGGGGUCGGGCGGUGAUGUCGUUGUGGAACUGGUAGAGAAACUUCAACAAGGAGGGCUUGUGGACGAUGCAAGGAGACUGGCGCAAGCAGGGGCAAAGCAAUGGCCCGCGAAUGCGAAAUUUCAGCACCUCCAAAUAUCGUUGGAGAGCUGACGCAGAGUGGGACCCUGCAUUACUACUCCCCACCAUAGCCAGCCGCAGGGCCGCACACACGAGCGGUUCCGCUACGGGCUAGUGUUGCGUCAGCCAUCGCCACGCCCAGCCCUCCUAGAACUCUUCUUGCUGCUGAGCAUCUUCUUCGACUUCAACCGCCGUUCGUUGUCGGCCUUCUGCCUACACACGGUCAGAAUGCGUCUGUGGUAUCUCCAUUGCACCCACAGAUUCUUCACACGUUGUGCCUGUUCGACGGACGUUUCUCCAGGCAGUGCAUUCCGCCCUGCUUCGACAAUGACCUGGUGCAGCCGUGCAUAGCAGCUCUGGGCAUUAUCAGCCUGCUUGCGGCUGUCAUCGGCCUGUAUGAUGAUGGAAUUGGAUCUUGGGGCCAUGUAUCGAGAGGCGCGGAUUUCGGAGUGGAGAGCGCUGGGGAUAUAUCUGAGCAG